AUGCUCCCAAACCAGAAGCAUGGAGGUGUGCCGGAGUGCGGGCCUCUGACAGGCAAAGGGAGCUUAAGUGUGCUUCUCUUCUUUGCUUUAUUCACCGGAACAGUGGGGGUUCUGUCCACACUCAUCUCCUGUGCCACUGACUACUGGCUGUUGGGUGCUGCUGAGCUCUGCGACUCGGGAAGGGGAUCAAACAUUCCUCAGGUACAGUCCACUCAUUGAGAGAUCUUCCAUGAGGGUCUGUUCUGGCGCUGCUCCUUGCCAGCACCGUCUCCUAAGUACUCGGUUUGGGAUCUGUGGAUCAGUGAGAAUGUAAAAGGGUGCCAUGCUGCCUUCCUCUUCCCAUUCCCCCCAAAGGUAGCAUUUUGGGCGGAGCCAGGAGAUACACCUGCCGAGCCCUAUGAGCAUCACACCGCUGUUGUUUUCAGAACCUUCUGGAGCAUGUUCCUUAUUGGGGGUGUGGUCAGUGUGAUCGCUGGUGGGCUCACCGUUGUCUGCGCUGCUCCUCUCACCAAUCACAAGCUUUACAAAGUGGGUGGGGUCCUUCUGCUUUGUGGCGGUGCGUGCCUGUUUGCUGUGGUGCUCAUGUAUCUGAUAUGGGUCCAGGCGCUGGACACCCUGGAGGAGUAUGCCCUUUGGCAGCGUGUCGGCGGCUGCCCGACCUUCCACCUCAGCGUUCAGCACGGGCCGUCCUUCCUCCUGGCGCCCGUGGCCUCUUUCUUCUGCCUGCUGUCUGGCCCGCUCUUCCUUGUGCUCGCACGGAACGCUCGCUCUUUAGUGCGGGACCACAAAGACAAAAGACCAGAACCUGCAGAGCUUGAAACGGACUUGUAA